UCUUGCAAGUGGGAAGGCGCGCCCUGUACUAGACAUGGUUCUGCAGCCGGGAUGAUGACAUCGUAUGAAGACGAACCGAUGGAAACGUCACCUCGAGAACUCACUCAAAACCCCUUGCGGAAGAUAUGGAUGCCAUAUAAAAACGGCUUACCCGAAAAGCACAUAGCACAGAGAAAGGUAUGCAUGACCAACUGUCCCACCCUUAUUGUGAUGGUGGGCUUGCCAGCCCGAGGCAAAACCUACAUCUCAAAGAAGCUGACACGUUAUCUCAACUGGAUCGGUGUUCCCACCAAAGAAUUUAAUGUGGGGCAGUACCGCAGAGAAUGUGUGAAGAUUUACAAGAACUUUGAGUUUUUCCGUCCAGACAACGAGGAGGGACUGAAGAUCCGCAGGCAGUGUGCUCUGACCGCGCUGAACGAUGUCCGAGAGUAUCUGGGGGUGGAGGGAGGUCAAGUGGCGGUGUUUGAUGCCACCAAUACCACACGCGACAGGAGACACACCAUCAUGAAAUUUGCAGAGCAGAAUGACUAUAAGGUGUUUUUUGUUGAAUCGGUAUGUGAGGACCCUAAUGUCAUCGCAGAGAACAUUGUGCAAGUUAAACUGGGCAGUCCUGACUACAUCGACUGCAACACAGAAGAAGCCAUUGAGGAUUUCAUGAAGAGGAUCAAGUGCUAUGAAAAUUCCUACCAGCCCCUUGAUGAAGUUUUGGACAGGGCGUUGUCAUACAUUACGAUUAUGGAUGUGGGUCGGCGGUACAUGGUGAACCGGGUCCAGGAUCACAUCCAGAGUCGUAUUGUGUACUACCUGAUGAACAUCCACAUCACGCCGCGCUCCAUCUACCUGUGCCGGCACGGGGAGAGUGACCUCAACAUCAAGGGCCGCAUCGGGGGAGACUCGGGGCUGUCCAUGCGAGGGAAAGAGUUUGCCCAGUGUCUGGGCAGCUUCAUCCAGGAGCAGAACAUCAAAGACCUGAAGGUGUGGACCAGUCAGAUGAAGAGGACUAUCCAAACGGCAGAGGCCCUGAGCGUCCCCUACGAGCAGUGGAAGGCCCUAAACGAGAUUGAUGCCGGAGUUUGUGAGGAGAUGAUGUACGAGGAGAUUCAAGACCACUUUCCUCUGGAGUUUGCCCUGCGAGACCAGGACAAGUAUCGUUACCGAUACCCUAAAGGAGAGUCUUAUGAGGACCUAGUCCAGCGUCUGGAGCCUGUGAUCAUGGAACUGGAGCGCCAGGAGAAUGUUCUGGUCGUCUGUCACCAGGCCGUCAUGCGCUGCCUACUGGCUUACUUCCUGGACAAGAGUGCAGAUGAGCUUCCUUAUCUGAAGUGCCCUCUACACACAGUGCUGAAGCUUACUCCAGUGGCUUAUGGUUGUAAAGUGGAGUCCAUCUUUCUCAACGUGGAGGCAGUUAACACCCACAGGGAUAGGCCAGAGAAUGUAAAUAUUUCCCGCCUGGCAGAGGAAGCCUUGUUCACAGUCCCCGCCCAUCAGUGAAACUGAGCAUGUGCAGACAUGUCCCCAUGGCAACACUCCAUAAAGGGCUGAUGAUUUCUCUUCAUUAGUUACUGCUUCAGUUUGUUUGGUUUUUGUUUGUCACGCUGCCAUUAGCGCUCUAUGAUUUGGGAACAUAGAGCAGUUCUUUACAACUCUAAGGGUUUUUCCUUUGUAUAUCCUUUUUUUUAUGUAGAUUGUAACAUUCCAUUAUUCUCUUUGCAGUGUCAGAAUAGAUGACUGGAAUCCAGUUAUAUCAGUGGCAAUCAACCCUGCAAUCGUGUGUGUGUGUGUGUGUGUGUAUGUGAGUAAGUGUGAGAGUGUGAGAGUGUAUUUGUGUGUGUGUGUGUGUGAGAGAGAGGGCGAGAAAAUGAGCAUGCGUAAUACAUUAACGUUCUUCUGCAAAAGAAGCUUGACUAAACUGUGAAUGUGAAGCAUAUAACAUUAACAUUUUCUUUUCUACAUGACUUUUUGUAAAGUAGAAGCAUAAUAGAUUAUUUCUUCAGGCUGAAAGUUUGACCUUUGACUUGGGUCACUUUGUGUAUUUUCUAGAGCCUCCAUGUUCUUCGUGUGUGGUUGAGAUUUCAUAGUACCAUCUUUUGAAAUGCAUUAUUUGCAUGCAAUCUGUGAAUGCACAUUUAUAGUUUUUGGUGCAAACUGAAAAAAAAGAGCCAAAAAAUGUAAAGAACAUGUUUACAGAUCUCAGAUUACAGAUAACGGUAGAGAGCACCUAGUCCUGCUGGUAGACAAAGCUGGAAAACUGUUCACAGAAUUUGCACGUUUUACGUUUCAAUUUUACUGUCACCAUUGCACACUGAAGAAUAAUUCAACUCCUGAUUUUGUUUUUCUUAUUGUACUUAGUAGUACAGUUAAGUACAUGGUUAAAGUGGUCUUUCUUGAUUUUCAUACCUCUCAGUAUGGUCAGUAAGUACAUAUAACGAUUGCCCAUAAACUAUGUCUGCCUUGAGCUGCAAAAUGUUGCAUAACCAUACAUUAAUAAUUGUACGUUAGACGUAGGUUAAGGAAUAAUGUUUGUUUGUUUUCCUGCUGGUACUUCAAAUAGCAAUAAAAAAAAGUGCAGCCUUUAUAAAGCUUGUGUCCCUGCUCAUCUCAUGGUUCCUCUGACCAGAGGCAUCCGAAUCAUAGACUAAGCUAAACUUGAUUAUCCUCAUUGUAGCUGGCACGCACAAAAAAGUCAGUCAACGUUAUGGUGUCAUUGUGUUGAUCAAUGCAUGUACUGUAUCAUGAGUGGACUAUUAUGCCGUGUUGAUCAUGAUCAGUCUUUGCAUUUCAUGUGUCACACUGAAGGACAAUAAACCAUUUCUUAUAAA